AUGUCUACGAUACUGAAGGAAGAUGUAAGAAACUACGACUUGAAUUUGGAAAGAAUCGACUUUGAAAUACGAAUGGAGAAGAUACGACAGAAUUCCACCAAGCUAUCGUGGGAUGGGUUCACUUAUUCUGUUCGGCGCAAUUUGUUGGUUGGUUUUUGAUCAUCAUAUUCAUAGAAAAGAUAUUAUUCAGGAAAAGAGAAUAGGCUUUGAUGCAGAAGGAAGAUUGGAUGUUCUUCAAGCUAUUUCGAACAUGACGAAAAGAAUGCCUGGUAUUUAAUUUUUUUUUCAUAAUGAAAUCAAUUAUCUUCCUUAGUGGAUGGCGAAAAAAGUUUAUUACAUCAACUGCGGCAGCUUUGCGCAAGCCUUGAGUAAGUUUUAUAUAUUUUUUUUCUUGUUUGGAACGUUAAAUUCUCAGAUGCAGCAUAAUAGAAUACAGCACGGGUGUAGCAUUCAAAGGCUCUGAUCUGACUAUUGAGUUGGGAAUGGAGGAGGACGAAGUUUUCUUUGAUACUUUAGUUGUUACUUAUUUUUCAUUUCCCAGAUUUCUGUAUGCAAAAUAUCUUAUUGGGACGGUCCUCUGGAUGAAACGAACCUUGGGCUGGCCCUUCUGAGGAAUAGAGACAUAAACACGUUCCGUUCAGCGGUUUUUUCCAUCCUCAACAUCAUGCCUGCCGGCGUGACCAGGUAAUCUCCAACCUCCAUUUAUGGUUCAAAAAAAAAAGGUUCCAGCGAGUGCAAAAAGAUAUGCAAAGAGGCGUUCCGUGCACUAGAGCAGCAUUUGAUGCUUCAUGCGAAUGAGCCCUCGUUCGAGGCUAUCAAUUCUUCGCCUUACGGUUUCUACAGUCCCAGAACUCCGCUCCGCCCUGGAAGACUCUACUUUGUGGUCGAACCUUCUUUCACACAAAGAGUGCACGGUUUGAAAACGCACGCCGACCUUGCUGGUAUUUCUCACAAGACUUUUCUUGUUUAUUGUCCGCAUUCAGACCUCGAGAACUUGCCUUACCUGGAGCUGGCAUUCAUUUCUACAGAUCGGGAAUACCUUUUACCUCGAUAUUCUUCUAAGUAAGUGUUUUCAACGAAGCAUCCAAUCUUAUUCGUUAAAAAAAAGAUAAAACAGCUAGAAUCAGAAAUAUUUUUCAAUUGAAUGUAGGAAUCUUUGAUUUUGGCUCUUACCUGAAGACGCCAACGUAUGAAAAUUACCUAUUGAAAGUCUAAAGUUUUUGGACUCUACAUUAACUUACGGUUUCGAAAUUUUAGUAUUAACAUUCAUGCAUCUGGCGAUGCGUUCGUUGUCCUGUUUAAGUUUUCAUAAUUUGAGCUCCAAUUAUUCUUUUUUUUUCAGUGGAGUCUGGGAAAACUUCCAAAAAGCAAAUGUGUGCUUGUGUCUGCGGUUCUCGAGUGCCAUGCUUUUCUCGCAGACCACCCAACGGCUUCUGGAGCCGUACGUCGCUCGCUCUGCGCUAGUUCGCCACUACUGCAAUCUAUACCGAUACAUGGGAAACCGCGAAAAUAUGGUCGGUUUCGAAGGAAAGUUCAUAAAAUGAAUGACUUUUUUGCAGACGAAGAAUUUGAUCCUGAGGACGCGUCUUCCAGAAGAUUUCAUACAACAUCGUUACGAAGUGGACGCACAGUCUCUGAAAAACGAAAACGAUCCUGUGGUUGUGGAGAUGUACCUCAAAGAUUUCCGUCAACUGAACGAGGUUUCUUCUGUUUAUCAGAACGAUUUCAUCCAAUUUAAAUAGGUCGUUGCGAUCAUACGGAGUGAAUGGCGACACAACAGUCUGUGGGAGUCGAUUUUGGCGAUGAGCUAUGGAGAAUGGCGAGGCAGCGACACUCUCAGAAUCUUGACCGUUCCAACAAGACGACGGUUCGAGUUCGCCUUCCCCGUCAGCUCGACUCUCAUCAAAGGUUGAUUAAUUCACUCUGUCAAAAGUUAUUUUCGAGUGUGACAGUUGUGAUCGAGGAAGGAGAACGUUGUCAAUGGGUAAUCAGAACGACGACCUACGAUGGCCUGCCUGUCAGCAAAGAACUGGACUUCGUGAUGACCGAGAGACUUGCCAGGUUUCUUCUUCAUCCUUCUCUUACCGUGGGGAAAUUCAAAACUAUCAUGAACGUUUGUUUUUUCGCUCACAUACAGAUUUCUGUGGUGUAGAACCAGGAUAAACUUGGAUUAAUUUUAAGCUGAGUCAAAAGAAAAUUAUUUACGAACGAGUUGAAUGAUUAUGUGAUAUUUUCAGCCUCCGUAUUAAAAGUCUAAAUCACUAGUCUUUGAAGUUUUCGCAAGAUUUUUAUCUUUUGUACAUUUAUUUUUGCUAUUAGGGAUAAAAUGUCGCUCUCAAUUGCUUUUUUUCCUUAAGGAAUAGGCUUUUUCAGAGAGAAUGAUGAUUACAAAGCUUUGACACUCAUCAAAAAAAAUUUUUUUGAUUUUAUUUGAUUAAUUACGUGUUUAUCCUGCGGAUGGCUGUUAAAAAAAGGCCUUUUAUUGAUCUUUUUGAUGAUUUAUUUGAGAAUUUGAGUUGCAUCAAUGUGAAAAAGUUUUUCUGGGACUAUAGUUUGGUAAAUAAAAAAAGAAGCCUUUGUUCAUUUUUCAAAUUCAGAAUAAAAUGAAAAAAAUUCGUUUUGAUCAAAAGGACGUUAGAGACUGGUCAUUGAUGCACAUAGGGAAUGCGUUUUGCAGUAAUCUAUUGUUGUCUUUUUUUCUGAAUGAACUAACUUUAAUCGAAAGGCUCAUUUUUUUUUUUACCAACCUAAUACUUCACAUCAAAGACACGUCAGAAAAAGGGUGGGAAAUUUGUAGCGAGAACUACAACGUUUGUUGUCCGUCCCAGAAAGAUUCUUUUUAUUCUGAAUAUUUUUUCUCUUUCAGGUCGUGGAGCAUUCCGUGCACUCUAGCCGUAGCUGUGCAAGAGCUGGGAUGCGUCGCGUCGCCAGACGCGCACGAACUGAGCGAGAGCUUUGACCAGCUCAGCAGCUCUCUUAAUUGUGUCAAAUCGAAACGUGUUGUUAUGGAUAAAGUUGGUAGCGCGUGGUUGAAUGCACCGGCACUGAAUAAGAGCGACUUUUGCUCCCUCGCGAAGCCCAAGUACGAGAUGGACGGCUCGGCCGAGUACGGAGGACUGCUCGCCUCUUUCAAAGAGGUCGAUGAGCAGUUCAAGGUGGCGCCGCCCUUGCCCCGUGCCGAGUUCCGCGGAAAGCGGAUCCAGUCCGAUAAUACCAUCUCAGCCAACGUCUUCUCUGACUUGGUUUGUCUAUUUGUGAUUUUUCGCCCACUUUCGAGGGCUUCUGUUUGGGUGGAAUUGGGAGAAAAGUCAUGUACAUGAAAUAUACUUUUUUUUUUGCUGAAAAGGUUCUCGCGUUUGCGAGGCAUGUGUCCAGUUAAUUAAUUCUUCUUUUUAAUUAGAAAAAAAGACAAAAAGUAUGUUCUUCUAUUCUAGUUUGCUAAUACCAAAAGGGAAUCAUACAGAAGUUUUUCGAAAAACGAAUCAAUUUUUUUGAUCUAAAGUAAUUAAAAAAAGAACCGAUGACAUACUAUCAUCGUUGGAUUAUAAAGAUAAAAAUAACGCUAUUCUUUGACUUUUCUCUUGGUAGAUAAUCGUUUUAUGAUCCAUGACAUCAUUACUUUUAAACGGCUAAACAGUGCUAUUAACUUUUUUCUAACCGAAGAAGUGUCUCUGAAGGCCUAGAAAGCGUUUUGAAAAAAAAACUGUAGCCUAAGACUGAAAAUUGGAUUUAGGAAAAAAUACGGCAGCUAGCAGAAACGGUCGAAGACGAUGGUCUUAGUAGCAGUGGGCCGAUGUUCGGCUCACGAAUGAGUCUCGACAGCCCUGCUAUCCCACUUCGGCCUUCCAAUCUAACACAGCUUAGCCCAUUGGAGAGCGCACGUCUCAAAAUGGCGGUACGAUUUGUCGUGUUUCUGCGACUUUUCCUUCUUGUCUUCAAGUCUUUCAAGUCGCGUGUUCAGUUCAGUUCUCCCAUCUAGGACUGAAAGCUUCCGAGUUGCUUCUCUGAAAUGUUGUCUCGUUCAGCAGUCGAUGAGUGUGGCCACGGCGGUCGGCCUCGCCAGUUGCAACCCCACGCCAACGAGUGCUGCCGGCAUCGCUGGCAUAGGACCUGAGAUUUUCGAUUUUCCCGACGAAAGGUGCAUCUUACACUACAUAUACUGUGUUGAAGAAGCUCAGGCCUUUUUUUUCAAGCGGUCUAAAACUUUACAAAAUGACCGGUGAUCGUUUUUGACGUGGUGAAUAUUCUGAACGCUCAGGUCACAAAUUGUUACUGAAUGUCUGAAAAUUAUGUGAAAGUUCCAUCGACAUUUCAAUGGAAACAUGAUUUGGAAAAUCUCAAGGAAAUUCUUGAAAAUAUAAAUUUUUUACUUCGGUAAGUUUAUGCCGCGUUCAAAGUAACUCCGUGAAAUCCAAAAUAGCCGUCAGAGGAAGAAAAAGAUAACUAAAUUUUGGAGAGUGAGGGAUAUUUUUGCAUUUUGCGGUAAUUACUCGGGCAAAGUCGGAAUGGUGAAAAAUGGCAGCUAAAAAGGAGAGGCUCAAAAAAGGCCGCAAAAAGGCAGCAAAAAGAGUCCCUUUAUCGAGCCUUUCAUUUUUCUGGGAUUUUAAAGGCUCAAUAAUUGGUGGAAAAAGAAGAGGCAGCAAAAAUGCUGCAUAAACGCCGAUGAAAUGGCGCAAAAGGGCAGCAAAAAAGGAGCCUUUUCCCACCCUUUGCAACUUUGCCUAUGUACUUUGAACACGGUAUCAAAAAUGCUAAUAAAAUAUCUAUGUGUGUUUUUUUUAAUUUCAAACCAUUACACCCAAAAAAAAGGGAAAAUUGACAGCAAAAUCUAAAAUCCUGCAUAAGAUUUAAUGUCGUGGUUGGUAUAGAACUUCUUGGGCUAAAAAAAUGAUGUUCUCUAUUUUAAUAAAUAUCUUUAAUAUAUUCUGCGAUAGUCUAUUAUCUCUGCUUCUACCAGAUCGCCUUCAAGCGGAUUCUCGUCCCCCUCGCCGCACUUGAACCAGCAGUACAUGCAGCACCCCCUGGGUCAGCCUCCGGUGCGAGGAGCCGGGAAAACGCGGCGGCCGAGAGCUCGGAAGGCGGCCAACAUGGGCGACCGCCUCAGCUCCGACUCUCUCAACGUCUCUCCCUCCACCCCAACUCGAGGUUUCCUCUCUCGAAGUGCAAGGAAACGUGUAUGGCUUGCCAGGUCGCGGUAGAGGUAGAGGUCGGGGUACGGGCUCUCGGAAGCCGCCGGCUCAUCCUCAAGUCGACUUCGGCGACCCCCGUCCUCAGCUUCAACGGUCUUUCAGCGACUUCCCACAUCAGUUAGGAUGUAAGUUUUUUUUCGUUUCAGAAGGACGAUUUUUUGUGUUCCACUAGGGCAGUUAACAAAACAAAGGUGCUGAUCCGAGACUUCUUUUUCUCAAAAUUAUUCAGAAAUAACCGACGGAACCGUGUUGGAAUUCUCUCUAUUGUCUUUUCUUAUAGAUUUUUUUGAUUUUCUGAUUCAAAUAAAGCCAAGAAAGAGAAAAAAGAUUUAAAAAACUUUGAAGAAUAAAAAUUUACUAACAAGGAGGGCCAUUUUAUUUUGCGUUUGGGAAUUAUCGACCAGAACGCUCGUUGAUGUACCAGAAAGAGAUUCUGGAAGUUUCAACCUUAACAACUUACUUGUUUUUGAGAAAAGACGUCUCAAAUCAAAGAAAGCCCUCAAAAUCCAUUAAAAAGGGCGAUUUUGGGGCUUCAGGGCUCUCAUUUAUUGUACAGUAGAGAGUUGUGCAGGAUGAGACUUCCAGAAUCUUUACUUGGUACAUCAAAAAUUUUUCUGGCUUAUUUUCAAGGGAUUAGCAACCGCAAAGUAAGAGGACUUUCCUUGUAAGAGAGCCUCCCUUAAGCUUUUCCUGCAGCGUUCCCUUCGACGCCUCAGCACAUGGGAUCUCCUGCUGGCAACUACGCCGAAGACGACUCGGACGACGAAUGCGACCCGCCGCCACCGCCGAAGCCACAGGGCGGAGGACUGCCGCCCGUGUACCCCCAGCCCUACGGAAGGCCGUCUCUGAUGCAGCAGUCCCCCUCCCUCCAGAUGAUGUCGCCUUUCGGCAACAUCGCCCACUCGCCCAACACUCCCUCUCCGCUCUCUUUGGUCACUUUUUGUUCAUAUUCUCCAUUAUUUCAGUUAGGAUUUGAAAAUUAUUACUAUUUACAGUGGAAAAAAGUUGAAAAAAUAAGUGAAAUCCCGAAAUAGUUUUGAACUAACAAGGGAACGUUUUUAGCCCCUAGUUGACCAUUUGAUGAAACUUUGGACAGGUAUACUUUAAGACCAUCGGACAGCAAUAUAAGAAAAACAUUUUUCGCAAUAGAUCUCGUUUUUCAGUUUAGACUCCUCGAAAGUUUGAAAAAGCGCAUUUUUUUUUUCAUAAUUUGCGUAUUUUGCGGACUUUGAAGCUUUAUAAAUCGAAAAAAGUGAAAAACGUUUUCCAGUAAGAGAGACAUAGUUAAAAAAUUCCUGUCUACCACUUCAGUCUAAAUGUUUCAGACCAGAGCAGAAAGAUCUGAACCAAAGUCGGAAAUGCGCGACGUCAAACCGUCCCUUUUGGACAGCGGAGCGUACCAAAUGCCUCGCGACGCAUCUGCUUCUUCGAUCCUGCAACAGCAGCCUCCCAACCAAUUUUCGCACCUCCAACAGCUCCAGAUGCAGCGUCAGAUCAAGCAGGAGCCGUCGGAGUCCUCGAGUCAACCCGCGCUGCAAUGGCCCGUCCCGACGCGCAAAUCCAGCCUCGAAGCCGUUAUCACCAAGUGCAGGGCCAUACAGCCCAAUCCGCGGCAUGCCACGUACGUCAACUUCCUGUUUUUCAAAUUUAAGGUUCCCGACCAAAAAAAUAUCUCUUGCGUUUUGAUAGCAUUCAUCAAAGGUAGUUUUCGAACUCCUUUUUGAAGAAAAGUUGUUGAAGAUCAGAUUUCGUGUAACUCUUGUUGUUACUUCAUCCUACCUUGCAGAACGUUCAGUGAUCUGUACGACGACGGAACUGAGGAAACCCCUCCGCCCUCUGAUCAGAAAGUCUUCCCAUCUGGGUCCCAGCCAGGCCGUUCUGCCCCUACCCAACAAUUUUUCGGAACUUCUUCUGCAGUACCAUCUUCCCCAAAGGAAUCGUCCAAUGAUAGUACAUCUUCGAAACUUAAGGUUUGUUUCCCGAAUCAUUUCCGAAAAAAAAGAAAGUUGAAAAUCAGAAACCCGCACCUGCACGCAACUCGCCUUCUCUCGAGGCCCAAAAAGCAAAGUCUGCACCAUUAAUUCCAAAAAUAGAAAAACAAGAGAAGCCAAAAAAAGAUCGCAAGAUGUCUAAAGAGGUGAUCGAACUUUCUAUAUAUUUUACUUUUCUUCUCUGAUAACGUUAUUUUUUGCAGCAACGAUCUUCCCAAAAGCCCAGCGCCUCUACGCCAACGCCAGGGACCGAGCCGAAGAAAAGGAAGCACGACACAGCGAAAAAAGAUCCGAAAGAGAAAGAUCCACGAGAACCGAGAGAGAAGAAACCAAAAGUCAAGGUUUCUGCCUCAGACAUUGGUAACGCGAAACGGACGUUUCUGGACAAUUCAAGGGAUCACUUAAGAACGCUGAGGCUACUAUAGUAGGCACUAGAAAUGCCCCGAAACGUCCGAUUCGUGUCCCGUUCGCGUUAACAAGGUCCGAGGUUAUUUUAUCAGAAAAAAAAACCAAAUCCAGUUUCUUCUGUUGAAUUUCUACCGCGAGGGUCUUUGAAAAAAACUAUAAGCGCUCAAAGUGAAAAAAAGAUCAUCAAUGACGUCAAGAAUAUAGCUGAUUCACGGCUGGCUUGAGCCAUCGAAAAAAAGGGUCCUGACACGAUAAGGCACGAGAUAGCGCCUGGCUCGUGGAGAGCGCAGACGGGACACGCCCCCUUAGCGUCCCAAGCUGGCCGUGAAUCAGCUAUACGUUUAGUUCGUCGAAAGGUGUUCGAAAAUCAUUUUGAGCUUUCCUGUUAAAUGGAAAGAGAUUAUGCGGACCAGUUUCUUAAAAAUGGAAGUCAUGUACUCACCUCGUCUUUUCUGGCUUCAGUCUUCGACCAAAAUCGACCCAUCCUCGCCGUCGACCUCCGCUCCGUCCACCAAACUCUCGUCCAACGUCCCGGCUAUCAUAAAUCCUCUCACCAUGACGGCUAGUCUCAAAAACUUCCGCAUUCCCAAGGUUUACCUUUACUCUAACAAAAGUUGCGGUGCACCCCUCGUCGAACUUUCGGUGCACCCCGCAGGGUACCCAAGGGGGGUACCCCGUUGAGCUUUGAAGGCCUAUUAAGGUACUUAUUCCGUACACGAUUUCGAAGUGAUUUGUUUCUCAGUAUCACCAUUUUCUAAAUGUUUAUCCUAGGCUGUUACGGUAGCCCAAAAAAAAACUUUUCAUUCCCGUUCGGCUGCCCCAGGGGUGCACGCCAUCCAGGGCCACCGCGGGGUGCGCCGAAAACACCAACGAAAAAAUUCACUUUUUUCGGGAUUCACUGCGGGGGUGCACCCUCAUCUUUGUUAAGAUAUCGCUCUUGUGUAUCUCAUGUCGACCUUUUCGCAGAAAGAAACGAUGGAAGACGCAAAAGAACAAAUAUCCAGCAAAGAAGUCAAAGAAUCAGCCAAAGAACCGCCCGCGGUCGUGGUACCUCAGGCGCCAGUUGUCCCCUCGGCACCCGCUCCUCCGACGUCUUCUGUUCCGACGCCUUCUUCUUCUUCUUCCCUGCCGCCUCCCCCCACCGCUUCUCUGCCUUCAGAGUUCCAACCCGGCAAUUUUGGAGCCUUCGGUGGGUUUUAGCGUUUAGUACCGUCCUUAAAAUAUCGAUUUUUUCUUAUUUUGGGUGUCACUCCAAACUUCAAAGUAUCAUAUCUCGGCUCAAAAGGCUCAGAUUCAAGAACAGUGAUUUUUUAAUAGAGAGUCCACUCAGUCAAAAGUUUUCUAUACCUAACUUCAGAAUGCAUCUUAUCGGUAAAUUAGCUUUAUGAAGUUUUGAAGAGAAUUCAUAAAUUUUUGUUUGUAAACUUUUCUGAAAAUGUUCAAUAUUAUGUCCGCUCUCUGGGCAACUACUCAAAUUUUGCAGCCGGUCCAGCGAUUUCCACAACUAAAAAGAAAGGUCCCGCUCUACACAUCCAAAUCCCCGGGCCACUCGGAGGACCCGCUCGUGGCCCUAGAAUCAAACCGCCGAACCUCUCUGAACACAUGCGCGAUCGAAGGUUUGAAUCGAAAAAAUUAUCAACUGAGACUUGUCGUUCUUCAGAAGCUCUUCGAGUAUAUUCCCACGAGCAGGUCCGCCCCCACCGGCUCCCUAUUUCAUGAACCACCCGCCGCAGCAAAAAGUUGCGUCCUAUGCGCAAGGCCUCGCAGGAGCGCAGAGCUCAGCGGCGGCCGCGCAGCCGACCACUCCUUCCGGGAGUUUCGUCAGCGGCCAGUGGGUCCGCCCUCCGUCUGCGUCAGUUUCUCUUUCCAAUUUUUUCUCCACAUAAAUUCAGGAAGAGCCACUUUAAAAAAAGUACAACUUUUCAUAUUUAUUGUUAUAUUCUGAAAAAGUAUUUACUGAGAAAAGUCGUGUUCUAUUUUCUCUGUUUUUUUUAGGUCAAUAUGUUCCGUUAUAGGUUAGUUAAGCAAGAAAAUAACUUAGAAAUUCAGAAAAAAAAAAUUCAAAGAGGAGCCGUAGUUUGUUAUGACGUCGUGAUGACACCGCUUUCAAUCAAAAGUUGAUUUUUUUCAAACCGAAAAAAAUUGUGGGAAAGACUAAGAAAAAGUAGUAAUAUUUAUGGAAAAAAAGCGGAAAAAGCUUCGAAAUUGCGGUUCUUUAGAGUUAUAUAUAAAUGAAAAAAAGUUGGAUCCUCAUCUUUUUGAAAGUUGAAGGUUCACCAACUUUUAAGAAACGCAGCAAAAUUCUUCAAGUGUGAUACUUUUAAAUCAAACUCUAUGUUUCAUUCUCCAUUGUAUGUAUAAAAAAAUAACUAGUAAGGGUGAAUAAAAAAAAAGAUAAUUCCUUCUUUAAGUUUAGAAUUGUGCCAAAAAUAAGAUUUUGCAUCUUUCAGAAGAGGAGACGAGGGUAAAAGAGAAGAGAAGAAAACGAAACCGACCGAGCCGGGAAGUCCCGAGGACUCUUUGAGGAUAGCUGAUGAUUGAGUGCGGUCGGAUUCCUCCUCAAUCGAAAAUUUGUUUUUUUUUUCUAGAUUUUCUUUUGUUUAUGGGUCAAUCUACAACAAAAAAUUGAAACAGUAAAGCCACCGGAAACUUCAAGGUUUUAUAUCUUGAGUAUUUUUUUUUCUUUUCGGUCAGUGCAAGUCGGAACAAUCAGCUCAAAUUUCAAGUUUCAUAUUUUUAAAUUUCAAGGUUCGAAUAAGUGCAAAUCUUACAUCGCGCUCGUUUACUGUAGAGCGUUCAUUUUUCAUGCCACCUUUUUUUUCACUAUUUUCUCUCGAAUAAUGUGCGAGUUUUGAACUUUAUUCAGUUUGCCUUUGCAGAUACUGAGAUGGAAAUCUGUCCGAGUGUUUUUUUUUUUACUUUAUUAUACGUUGUAUAUCUUCAAGCAUUUCUUGUUAGACAAAUUGCAUACAUUUUUGAAGUUCUUUUCAGUAUUAACUCAGUUAUUUUUCUUGUAUAGUAGUUCUUCAUUUAGAAAAUUAUCUGUAAUUUUACAAUUUCAUCUAAGAGAAACAAAUUUCUUAAAAACUUUCGCGGUAUUCAUGUCAUACAUGUACUUUUAUUUCCACGUUCUUUUUUUUAAUCAUUGUCUUUAAUUUUAUUUAUUUUGUAGAUUUCUGUCUGUAUCAUAUGUGCAUAGCGCUAAUAAAUUUCACUUAAAGUUUAAACGUGAAAUUGCGGCAUUUUAUGAAGGUUCAAUGGCUGAAGAGGUUUGAAAGCUCAUUUAGUAUAUAUCCGCCUUUUUUUCCUGGUUGCUCAAACAGAAGUAAUUGAAGACGUCGAUUUGUGUUUCGACAUUAAACCCGACAAGCCGAAUUUCGGUUCUUUCUCCAUUUUUUUUUCAAAUAUUGAGUCUUUUUUAGAGCAACUGGCCAAAAAUAUAUGGUUGUACAUGACGACAUACACGCCAGAAGGAGCGCACGGGAAGUGGAACUCCCGGAUCCUGUUGCAUCUCCUGGCGAAGGCCCAGCAGGCUCUCGUUCAAGACGAAAACAUCGUCAACGUCAAGGUUCGUCCGGAUCGCCGACGACAUCUCAGCGGCUGUAGACGCCGGCUGUGGUCGUGGGUCCGAUCCACGGCGAAGGAGACUCGCUGACGACGCUCAUGUCUCUGGCCGGACCUCCGCCUUCCAGUUCCUACGUCUUUCUUGGCUGUUACCUUGGCCUCGGAUUCGGUAUGUCUCCCCAAUCGUUUCUCAACUAUUCAAGUUCACUAAAUCCUUCAGUAUCGAAAAAAAAAAGUCAGUGAAAGGAAAAUAAGUUACUCUGUUCUUCGCAAACUUUUCAAAAAUGAGGAAAAUUUAUAAAACCUUAUGGUUUUGUUGAUCCUAUGGAGCUUGGAGCUAAAUAUUUCGAAAGAUAAUCAUUCAAAAGGCAAAAGUGAAGUGGGCUUUUCUCCUGCGAAACUAUUUUUCUGCUAGUCAAAAUCAAUAAAAUUGAAGCUGAUUCACGGCUAAAUUGAGCCAUCGAAAAAAGGGUCCUGACACGAUAAGGCACGAGAUAAUGCCUGGCGCGUGGAGAGCGCAGACAAGCAACGCCCCCUUAGCGUCCCAAGAUAACUCAGCUAUAAUGAAAAGGGGACAACCGAAAUCGCGAAACCGUUGUAAAUCCAACUUCUAUGUGGCAAAAAGGUGAUUGCCACCAUUUCUAACCAAAGUUCUCGUUUUUCCGGAAGUUAUAUAUUUCCACAAAAAUUUUUUCUUCAGCUCCUAUUGAAUGUUUGGCACUUUUGCUCUGCUACAAAGUACAGUAUCCUACUCAAGUUUUCUUACUGAAAGGUCACAAUGAAGAGUCGCUCUCCAUUGAAGUGAGAUGAUUCUUGUUAUUAAUUGCAUUUUCACUCUCAAACUUCAGAACUUCAAGCUAUCCAUUAUGCUAAAGCUACGUGGAACGCCUGAACCAGAAGCCCUAGCUAUCAACGAAGCCCUAAAGGCAACUUUCUUCAUCAGGGGGGUUGACCGGAAGAUUGUUUCAGCGAGCCUGUAGUGUGAUGCCGGUCGGAGCUCUGGUCAACAACAAGAUCUUAUGUCUGCCUGGUGGCCCCGGACCACAACUACGCGAAAAAGGUCUCGUAGGCAUUUUCUAUUAAAGUCAUUCAAAUCGCAGGAUUGAACUUUCUGCGAAAAGCGAAACGACCUCCGGUGAACGUAGGAGAACGGAACACUUUCAUGGUAGUCGGUAUAUGAAGGUCUCGAAAAGUAGCCAGGACUUGAAGGAAGCUUCUUGGUCGGUACUCACGCUGAUAGAAUCGGCCGGAAAUCCAAACGGCAUGCCUACCUUCUCACCUGAACACGCCUCCGAGUUCUGCAGGAAAAACGACGUGGCCGUUCUGAUUCGCGGCCGACAGCUGGUUGGCAGAGUCGGGGAAAUCAAGAAAGGGACGUUUUCAGGUCGACGGAGGCUUCCUCAACUUCCCGAAAGAAGUGAUCACGAUGACUUCGGCAGUCGCGCUUCUCGACAACUUCCGGAACUACGCGGCAGCCUUAAAGAUCGAAGGCGAUGCUGUGAGUGCCUUCUGACGAUUUUUCUGAACGCUGUUCAAGAUCCGCGUCAUUCGCUACAAAAUGGAGGAAGGAGAGCAACUUUCUCUGGAGCUCGUCAAGCCUGGCAUAGGGAGGAACUCUAUUCUCAUGUGA